CUGAGCUUUACAUGCCUGCAAUACUCUCUAAACUCCAACCCAACCCUUCUACCUUGGUAACAGGUUACUUCGCUGCAAAUAUAUUUCCUUUCCUGUUUCUUCACCACUUUUCGUCUCUUUCAUUUGUGGAAGGCAGGGAUAAGCUACCAUAGCCAAGACGAACGAGAUGUCAGAAGCCACUCCCUCCCCCGCGCAAGGCGUUGGCCCCAUCUACAGGCCCGAUGGCGAAAAGCCCACAGCGACAGUAUCUAAAGACAUAUCGUACGAGAAUGUCCACGUUUUACCUCAGUCCCCUCAGCUGAUCGCUCUUUUGACCAUGAUCAGAGAUAGAAGGACUAGCCGUGCCGAUUUCAUCUUCUACUCAAACAGGAUCAUACGCCUCCUGGUGGAGGAGGGCCUCAAUCACCUGCCAGUGGUUGAACAAUCGGUCACGACACCUGUGGGUCGCGUCUAUCUCGGAGUCCGGUUCGAAGGGAAAAUAUGCGGCGUUUCCAUCAUGAGAGCAGGAGAGGCGAUGGAGCAGGGUUUGAGAGAUUGUUGUCGUUCUGUCCGAAUCGGAAAAAUCCUUAUACAGAGGGACGAGGAAACUUGCAAGCCAAAACUGUUCUAUGAAAAGCUCCCUGGUGACAUCGCAAAUCGAUGGGUGCUUCUUCUUGAUCCUAUGUUUGCAACAGGGGGCUCUGCAACACUUGCCGUUGAGGUGUUGAAAGCAAAGGGGGUCCCGGAGGACCGCAUUUUGUUUCUUAACCUUAUCGCAAGCCCUUCAGGCGUUGCAGAUUUUGCUGAACGCUUUCCAAAACUCAGAGUAGUGACUGCUUUCAUAGAUCAAGGCCUAGAUGACAAAAAAUACAUCAUACCAGGGCUUGGUGACUUCGGCGACCGCUAUUACACACUGUAGCCAUACCAACAAAGAUUGUGGCUUCAGAAACCACUAUGAUAUACAUACAUACAUAUGUAUGAAUAAAGUACACGUUUACAGCUUAACGAUGUCGCAGCUGGAUUCCAUUCACAGUAUUAGGGUAUAGUAUCUUCAACUAAGAAGUGUG